UCCGCUGUGCUGCUUUUCUCCCCUCCCCUCUGUGUGAGACCGCCCUGCAGGGGAGGCAGUGUUGCUGCAAUCCCGGGCGCCGGGCGGCGCUCCCAGCAGCAGAAGGUGGGGGCUCUCCCCGGGGACUAAACAGCGCCCCGCGUUGCGGCGUCACUCUCAUCCCCGCGGGCUUGUCCCGUUUCCUCUGUCGCCCAUUGUGGGCUUGGCUUGGUGCCGCCUGCCCUUUCACCUCCCACGCGGGGUCCUGCCGGUUCCCAUACCCAAUCCCCGGUGCUUGGGAUGUUACCCGAUUGCCGCUGGGGACAUCAAGGCACAAAGAGGGCUCGGGCCGCGUUGGAGGUCACCGGCCGGGGCUGAGUUGCUUCUGGUCGUCCGUCCUCUGCCAGGUGACCCAGGGAUAGCAUUUCUCCGGAGCUGCUGCCCCCGCCCGGGGGGAUGGGCGCAACCACGCCAGAUGGACGAGAAGACCAAGAAAGCGGAGGAGAUGGCCCUGAGACUCAGCCGAGCCGUGGCAGGCGGGGAUGAAAAGGUGGCAGUGCAGUGUGCCAUCUGGCUGGCAGAGCAGCGGGUGCCCCUGAGUGUGCGACUAAAGCCUGAGGUCUCCCCAACACAGGAUAUCAGGCUGUGGGUGAGCGUGGAGGAUGCUCAGAUGCACACAGUCACCAUCUGGCUUACAGUGCGUCCUGACAUGACCGUGGCUUCCCUCAAGGACAUGGUAUUCCUGGACUAUGGCUUUCCGCCCGUCCUGCAGCAGUGGGUGAUUGGGCAGCGGCUGGCCCGGGACCAGGAGACCCUGCACUCCCAUGGGGUGCGGCGGAAUGGGGACACUGCCUACCUCUAUCUGCUGUCAGCCUGCAACACCUCACUCAACCCUCAGGAGCUGCAGCGGGAGAGGCAAUUGCGGAUGCUGGAAGAUCUGGGCUUCAAAGACCUCACGCUGCAGCCCCGGGGCCCCCUGGAGCCUGCCCCCGCGAAGCCCGGAGUCCCCCAGGAGCCGGGGCGGGGCCAGCCCGAUGCCAUGCCGGAACCCCCGCCGGUGGGCUGGCAGUGCCCAGGCUGCACCUUCAUUAACAAGCCCACGAGGCCCGGCUGCGAGAUGUGCUGCCGGGCACGGCCUGAGGCGUAUCAGGUCCCCGCCUCCUACCAGCCGGACGAAGAGGAAAGAGCACGCCUGGCCGGCGAGGAGGAGGCGCUGCGCCAGUACCAGCAGCGGAAGCAGCAGCAGCAGGAGGGGAACUACCUGCAGCACGUCCAGCUGGAUCAGAGGAGCCUGGUGCUGAACACCGAGCCCACCGAGUGCCCCGUGUGCUACUUGGUGCUGGCGCCCGGCGAUGCCGUGGUGCUGCGUGAGUGUCUGCACGCCUUCUGCAGGGAGUGUCUGCAGGGCACCAUCCGCAACAGCCAGGAGGCGGAGGUCUCCUGCCCCUUCAUUGACAACACAUACUCGUGUUCGGGCAAGCUGCUGGAGCGGGAGAUCCGGGCGCUGCUGCCCCCUGAGGAUUACCAGCGGUUUCUGGACCUGGGUGUCUCCAUCGCGGAAAACCGCAGUGCCUUCAGCUACCACUGCAAGACCCCGGACUGCAAGGGAUGGUGCUUCUUUGAGGAUGACGUCAACGAGUUUACGUGCCCGGUGUGCUUCCACGUCAACUGCCUGCUCUGUAAGGCCAUCCACGAGCAGAUGAACUGCAAGGAGUACCAGGAUGACCUGGCCCUGCGGGCUCAGAACGAUGUGGCCGCCCGGCAGACGACAGAGAUGCUCAGGUCCAUGCUGCAGCAGGGCGAGGCCAUGCACUGCCCGCAGUGCCGGAUCGUGGUGCAGAAGAAGGACGGCUGUGACUGGAUGCGGUGCACUGUCUGCCACACGGAAAUCUGCUGGGUCACCAAAGGCCCACGCUGGGGCCCCGGGGGAGAAUCCUGAUGUCAGCAAAGCUACCAAACAAAUGAACCCCCUCCUUAGGCUACAACAGAAGCCUGUGCCACUUGCUUUCUGGGAUCCGAAGGCUGUGGCCCCGGGAGCCUGAUCUCACGCCCCUUCUUCCCUCUUCCCCAACAACCCCUUUACUCUUUACAGACAGGCCCCAGGGCUGGGCAGGAGGCGCGAUGCUGCUGUCCAUCUGUAAAGGUGAUAAGGGGACAAACCUGCUGGGGAAGAAGACUGGGACUCCCUGCUGCAUCACCACCUCUGGGUCCUGGAACAACUUCCUCUGUCUUCAUGAUUCCACCACUGUCUAGAAGAAUCCAUCCACAUUACACUUACCCCAAGUGGGACUCCCGC